AUGUCUCUGCUUCUCAACCAGCCUCCGAAGCUAUGCUUUCGGAAACCUGUGUUGGUAAGAUCCUCCUCUUCGUCAUCGUCUUACUUGCCGCAAACCCUUCCUGAUGCCAUCGUGUGCGUUGAUCCUUGUAGACCACAUCUCGUAACAUUCGUGGCUAAGAAGGAUGGUGACAUGACUCCUUUGGAGAAAAAGGCGCCUAUGGAGGUAAUGGAGAGAAUCGGAAUCAUUGGAACAUCCAAUGGAUGGUUAGCGACUUUCCAAGAAGACAGGGUUCAUCUCAUAGAACACCCGACUCCCUCAUUCGAGUUUGAUAGCAAAUCUGUUUGGUUGCCUCCUGUUGUAACUCUACCUCUUUGCCAAACCCAAAUGGUCACCAACAUGGCAAUGUCCUCAUCUUCUCCAGAGGAGGAGGAUUUUGUUGUGGCUCUCAAGUUCUUGGGACCUCAGCUCAGCUUUUGCAGACCCGCUGCUGGACCUUACUCCGAGUGGAUCAACAUGAGAAUCGAAAACCCUUGUUUCUUCUCCUCCCGUAUCAUGUUUUCCAAGAAAGAUGGCGUGUUUCGCAUUCCCGGAUCUGGCGGCCACCUUAUUGGAUCAUGGGAUCUCACUGGCAAACAGAAUCAAACACCUCAGAUUAAGAGGUUGCGCUUUGAAAACAUUCCCAAGAUGACAAAGACCAAACUGGAGAUUUUGGAUUCUUGCGACACGAGCGAACACUUGGUGGAGUCAACAACCACCGGUGAAACUUUCAUGAUUAAGUGGUACAAGAAGACCGUUCCCAAGACCAUCAAGGGUAUUGAGAGACUGGAAACAAAAGCUUUAAUGGUGUUCAAGCUAGAGGAAGAAGAAGGACACGCUGUUUACACUCAAGACAUUGGAAAUCUCGUCAUUUUCCUCACAAAGUCUGAAACUCUAUGUGUCCCUGCUAGCUCCGUUCCAGCGAUGCGUCCUAAUCACGUCAAAAUCUUGGAUGUCGAUGAAACCGCAGUUGUAGAUUUGGCUGCUCAAAUGUGA